UUCUCGCCGUUUAUAUCAAACACAAUUCAUUAUUAAUGAAAUUCCACCGUUUUAAAUACUUUCAAAUUCCUCCACUCCCAUGGCUCCAAUUCUCAUCCCCAUGCCCUCCACCGCCGUCGCAGCUGCCACUUUUUUCUCUCUCUUCCUUACCUCCCUCCUCGCCGCAUCCGACACCGUUCUGUCACCGGAAAAGCUCGGCAUUCGGCGGCGGGAGAAGCUGAGUCAUCUCCACUUUUACUUCCAUGACAUCGUCAGCGGCCGGAACCCCACGGCGCUGAUUGUCGUUCCACCGCCGUCGUCCAAUGCCUCACGGACUCUGUUUGGCGCUGUGGUGAUGACGGAUGAUCCGCUGACUGAACGGCCGGAAAUUGGGUCAAAAUUGCUGGGAAAAGCUCAAGGAUUUUACGCGGGGGCGUCGAAAACGGAAUUUGGGCUCUUAAUGGUAAUGAAUUUCGCGUUUGUGGAAGGGAAAUAUAAUGGGAGUUAUUUGAGCAUCUUGGGGCGGAAUACGAUUAUGUCCGCCGUGAGAGAGAUGCCAGUGGUCGGCGGCGGCGGGCUUUUCCGAUUUGCUCGUGGGUAUGCUCUGGCGAAGACUCAUGCCCUGAAUUUCAGCUCCGGCGAUGCCGUAGUGGAGUAUAACGUCUAUGUCUUUCACUACUAAACAAAGGAUUUUCCCUCUUCUUCUUCUUUUUUUUGAGAAAAAGUAUUUGGGAAUUUUUCCUUUUUCCUCUCUUUUUCUUUAAUAAAGUUUAUGUGGUGACCAUAUAUUAAAGUGAACCUUAGGCUUAAGUUCAAAAUAUUGUUUGAGGUGGUUCACAAAAUUUAAAUUAAAUAAUAGAUUUAAAUUUAUAGAUUGGUAUCUAAA